AUGGGUGUUUGGCGCAGCUUUGAAGCCUCUUGCAAAGCUGCCGGAAAGCAGGCCGUGAGCUAUCCGAAGUUUGUUAAACUUUGGGAACAAUUCCAUCCAAGUGUUGUGGUCGCAAAACCAAUGACUGAUUUAUGCGAGACUUGCCAGCAAAAUACAACCAAGCUGCUUCGAUCUGCGAAUCUUCCUGUUCACGAAAAAUCAGAAUGCGUCCAAAAACAGCAAGAACAUUUAGACCAGGCGCAGGCUGAAAGAAAUGUGUAUAAGGAGACAUGCAAGGAGGCAGAGAUCAAUUUUAAAGAAAUCGAAGACACUACUGACUUGAGUGCACCACACGAACCAUGUUCAUUCCGUGGGACAAUGCAUUAUUCGUUUGAUUACGCGCAACAAGUGCACAUUCCCAGCAACCCGAUGCAGCCAGGACCUAUUUAUUUCAAGACGCCAAGGAAGUGUGGUAUUUUUGGAAUCAUCUGCGAAGCCAUACCUAGACAGGUCAACUACUUAAUUCACGAGGCCUCAAACGUGGGAAAAGGCGCAAAUUCAACUAUUAGUUACGUGCACCAUUACUUUGAAAACCACGGGCUGGGAGAAACGCACGCUCACCUUCACGCAGACAAUUGCUCGGGACAAAACAAAAACAACACUUUCUUAUGGUACCUUGCUUGGAGAAUAAUAACAGAACUGCAUAAACAUAUCAGUUACUCUUUUCUUAUUGCUGGUCACACAAAGUUUGCACCUGAUCGCUGCUUUGGGAUAAUCAAAAAGUGUUACGAAGUAAACUUUGUUUCCUCACUUUACGAACUUGCCGGGAUGGUUGAGGCAUCAAGCACGACUGGAGUGAACAAAGCCCAGUUGGUCGGAACUCGCGACAACAGAGUCAUCGUACCAGUUUAUGACUGGACAUUACUUCUUGGACAAUAUUUUAAAAAAAUACCAAACAUUAAGAAAUAUCAUCACUUCCGUUUUUCCAAGGACGAACCAGGAAUGGUCUUUUUUAAAGAGAACAGCUUCUCCGCCAAACAGUCUUUCAUGUUGCUGAAAGAUUCUUCGAAUUUACCGCAACAAGGCAUACUUCCGAGUCAAAUUAAGCCAGAAGGUUUGAGCGAUGAGAGGAAAAGGUACUUAUUUCAUGAAAUCCUGCAAUAUUGUAAAAGUGGAACAGAAGAUCUUGUGGCUCCUGCGCCAUAG